GUCAGCUUAGUUGUUCAAUGUGAAACCUCCCGUGGGUCCCUCUCUGAUUCUUCUGCAAUUUUUCUUCUUACUUAUUGAUUAAUCUUUCACACUCACCAUUGAGUUCAUCGUGUGCUUGCUUUUCGCUUCUUCUUCCUUCAUUCCCACUCCACUUAUAAGCUUCGCGUGUGUUCUAUCCAUCUUCAUCAUUCUGCAAGGAACACUCCCAGUUUCAUCGAUUUGAUUCUUCGUGGGAUUUGAGAACUUUCUUCUUCAUCCGAUUAGCUUGAGGAUGAUCAAAAUAACGGAUUAAGGGCAGAUCGAUCGAUUUGGUAGAGUUCGAUGGGGCUAUCUUCUCUGUUCGAUCGUACCGUUCGAAGAUCAUUGGGAUCUAUCUGGUUGUGUGUUUAUAUGUUAGUGAUUCUACAAAGUAAUAGAAGAGUGCUAUCAGAAUCCAAGUAUCUAAUUGGUCUUGGAAGCCAUGACAUCACUGGACCAGCAGCAGAUGUCAACAUGAUGGGAUAUGCAAACACGGAACAAAUAGCAUCUGGAGUUCACUUUAGAUUACGAGCUCGUGCAUUCAUCGUUGCGGAGCCUCAAGGAAAGCGGGUCGUUUUUGUAAAUCUUGAUGCUUGUAUGGCCUCACAGAUUGUGACAAUUAAGGUGCUUGAGAGACUGAAGGCAAGGUUUGGGGACUUAUACACUGAAGAGAAUGUUGCUAUUAGUGGAAUCCAUACUCAUGCUGGCCCAGGUGGGUAUCUCCAGUAUGUUGUGUACAUUGUGACAUCUCUUGGAUUCGUGCGCCAGUCGUUCGACGUCCUUGUGGACGGUAUCGAGAAGAGCAUCAUACAAGCUCACGAAAAUCUCUUGCCAGGAUCAAUCUUAGUAAACAAGGGAGAACUCAUUGAUGCUGGCGUGAACCGCAGCCCGAGUGCUUACCUAAAUAAUCCUGCCUCGGAGCGUGGCAGAUACGAAUAUGAUGUUGACAAAGAGAUGACACUUUUGAAGUUCAUAGAUGAUCAAUGGGGUCCUGUGGGUAGCUUCAAUUGGUUUGCGACUCAUGGAACGUCUAUGAGUCGUACGAACUCGCUAAUUAGUGGCGAUAACAAGGGCGCUGCUGCAAGAUUUAUGGAAGAUUGGUUUGUGCAGAAGGGUAUUGGAACCUUGCAAACUGGUAAAUCUGAAGCUGAUAGUAUUCCACGCAGAGUCUCAAACAUUAUUCCUGAAGCAUAUAAAGAUGAGAAGGAGUUGUUGGAACGUGCUGCCUCUUUUCAGUCACGACCUGGUAGACCAGCAACCAGGAUUCUAAGCGUUUCAAGGCGUGUUAGAAAUGUUCUAAGGCAGGCAGAUAGGCCUCAGUUUGUAUCUGCCUUUUGUCAAUCAAACUGUGGUGAUGUUAGCCCAAAUACUCUUGGGGCAUUCUGCAUAGACACUGGACUGCCAUGUGACUUUAAUCACAGUACGUGCGGUGGAAAGAACGAGUUAUGUUAUGGACGUGGACCGGGCUACCCUGAUGAGUUCGAAAGUACACGUAUUAUCGGUGAGAGGCAAUUCAGAAAAGCCGUGGAUUUGUUCAGUAAAGCGUCGGAACAGCUCAAGGGAACGGUGGAUUAUCGUCACUCUUACGUAGACUUUUCCCAGCUCGAAGUGUCUGUUACUAAACCGGGAGGAGCUACCGAGGUCGUAAAAACUUGUCCUGCAGCUAUGGGGUUUGCAUUUGCAGCUGGGACAACUGAUGGACCUGGAGCAUUUGAUUUUAAGCAAGGAGAUGACAAGGGCAAUGCUUUUUGGAAGUUGGUACGGAAUUUACUUAAAACACCAGGCAGCAAACAAAUUGCUUGUCAAAGUCCCAAGCCCAUUCUGCUUGACACUGGCGAAAUGAAGAUACCAUAUGACUGGGCUGUAAUUCGGUAUGCCGAUCCAUUGCCGAUUGGAGUGGAUAGGGGCUUCUUCAAUGAUAAGCUCUGGAGUAAUGGCGUUGAAGAGACUUGGUGA